UUGUCUAACACAGAAAACCGGACGACGGACCGAGGUGGACCACGGACUCAACAUAUGUUAAACCCUUGGUUAUGGUCAAGUCACCUAGAUUCCACAUAUGCCACAAGACAUGUCGGCGAUAAUCAACACUUUCAGAUAAGAGCCCAGAGGUUGGCAGGAUGGACAAGGCGACGAGAAAUGCGCUGAUGCGGGAUCAGAUCUCCGCGUUCGAGCAGCACAUGGACCAGCUCGAGUCAACAUUCUCCAAAGGAACAUUGUACAAGAUGCUGAAACUCCUCACUAAAAAGCAGACCAUAGAGUUGCAGAGCCUGGCGUCCCUGUCCCAACUUGGCACACUCGUCAGCUGGGAGCAGAAGCGACUUUCUGGGACCAGCGGAAAAACCAAGGACAGAGACAUGGUUCACUACUUCGGCUGGUUCCUGGAGUAUGUGGACUACCUUCAGGAACUCAAACAAAGCUUUGACGAGCGCAUCUUCGCACCGCUGUGUCAGUUCUUCUACGACGAAGAAGACCCAGAUAUUAAAGGGAUCCAUUCCGUUCUGGAGGAGGUAGGGGACGGUUCAGGAUCCAACAAAAGACAAGCCAUUAUUUCAAACAAGACAGACAGUGUUGAUAGCGGUGUAGAAAUGGAAUUAUUAGAACGCAGUGGGAGUGACUAUUCGUUAAGUGCCUUCAUAAGAAGUCCUGGAGCGAUGUCGGGUCCCAGGCUGGGCAGUGCGUUAGAAAUCCUACGUCAAGACUUUCCGGAUCUCCUCGAGCCGUACAAUAACAAAGAGCUUCGCCGGGUCGCCCUUCAGCUGACCAGGCUGAGAAGACGAUGGAGCACGUUACUCAGAAAGGACACGGAGAUAGACGAGGAUAUCUUGGACGAGGAGAGUGUUUCGGAAGUAAACAUGUUUAGCGACAGUACACACUUUCAGCCCAUUUUGCGACUUGUACCGGAUGUUUUCAUCAAGGCCAGAAGGGCGGCGGGCUUGGCACGGAGAUGGCUUGAGAUCGACGGAACAACUUCCAGAAACCUCCAGACAAAGCUAGAACAGCUUGAAGAGAUACAGGCAGCCUUGGAACGGAAACUCGGCUACAUCAUACACGACAUCAAACGGAAAGAAGAGAAACUUCAGCGAGGCAGCGAACAGGUUCAGAUGCUCCUCAAGCGAGAGGACCGAUCCAACGAACUCACAUUUCAACUGUAUGGUGUGAACAAGACUAUUAGCUCCCUCCACCGGAGACUACGUGAACUGCAAGUCGAGAAGGAUUAUGUCAGGAAACACUUGAGGAAAAGGCUGGAUAAGGAAAGCGAAGAGUACCAUUCCUACAAACUGAAGUACAUUCAGACUAGACUUCACUCUAAGGUAGUGGACAGGGAGUUAUUCGCCAAGCAGUAUCAGCGGACUAUUCUGGAGGAGGACAUGCAUGUGGAACUGGAGUGCAAACCUAGUAUCAUCAGGUUCGCUGAUAAGGAGCAAGAAAAGUGCGAACGGCUGGAACAGGAGCUGGAGAAAGAGCGAGAAGAGAAGAGGAAAAUUGAAGUUGCGCUGGCUCCACUGAAAAGUGAAAGACAGCGACUCAAGUAUGAAGCUGACGAAGACAAAUUGAACAGAUUAACAGAAAGACAAAAAACUAGGGUACUUCGGUUUCAGACAGUCCGUGAAACCCAGCAAGACGAGAUUCAGCGUGAACGUGCGAGAUUUCUCAAGAUAGGCAGGCAGACGGAAGAGGCUAGGAAUUCUGGGAAGAACAGUUUUGGGGAAUCAGCAAUGCCGAAAUCCAGCAGUAGGACCAGGUUCUUCCUGACAGAUGGGUAUGACUCAGAGACAGACAGCUUCUGGUAUUAGGAAAUGUGCAAUGUGUUGACAUGCCCCGGAGAGGAGAUAGGCGCCGCCAGGGGACUAAAAGCCUGUUGAGUCAGCAUAACAUGUUGUGCUGCCCCUACGGCCUACAGUAAAAGGCUAUGGGACGAACGAACGAACGAACAAACGAAUGUGUUGACAAAGAGAUAAACUCGGAUAUAGGAGAAUUCUUUUACACAACCAGCAGGUGCUUACAUUGCUU